AUGUUCCCCAGCCUGAUCCACCACGCUCGCCGUGGCCGACCCGACGUCGCCGCCACCGAGGACGCACCGCGCAGUGGCGACGGGUUGGGGCUGCACGGGCACGGCGGCGGGCCCAGCGUGGUGCUCACGGCCGACCCCAAGCCUAGGCUCCGCUGGACGGCCGACCUCCACGACCGUUUCGUCGAUGCCGUCGCCCAGCUCGGCGGGCCUGAUAAAGCAACACCAAAAGCUAUCAUGAGAACAAUGGGAGUGAAGGGCCUCACCCUUUUUCACUUGAAAAGCCAUCUUCAGAAAUACAGACUGGGAGGACAGUCUGGCAAAGAGUUGACGGAGCAAUCAAAAGAUGCUUCUUACCUUAUGGAAGCCCAAAGUGGAACAACUUUGUCUCCUAGAGGUUCUACUCCAGAUGUGAAAGAGAGUCAAGAAGUUAAAGAAGCACUCAGAGCACAAAUGGAAGUGCAACGAAGAUUACACGAACAAGUGGAGGUCCAGAAGCAUAUGCAGAUCCGAAUGGAAGCGAACCAAAAGUACAUCGACACGAUACUAGAUAAGGCAUUCAAGAUAGUAUCUGAGCAACUGAGUGGCUUCAGCAUAUCUGACCAAGACCCACCGAUUCUCACCUCUGCUGGGGUCUUGCUUAGCCCUGCAGAUCACUUGCGUUCGUCAGUCUUCCCCCAGCUCUCUGUCAGCUCGGUUAGCCUUCACAGCCCUGGAGGAGGGAAAGGCCUUCCGCAUGUUGCCGACAGCCAUGUGUUCUCCCAGAGGCCACCUGAACAACUCAAGCGCAAAUCACGUUGA